AAUAUGUCAGCGUCCAUAUGAUGUUGAUAAAAUUGUACGAGUUGUUAAUGUUAUACAAUUUCGUUAUUGUGUGCGGUUUACCCUGAACAUUUACAUCUUUUAUGUUAAAGUAUUAUAACUGAAAACUCUGAGCAAUGCCGUUAAAUUGGUUCAAGCAUUCAGACGAUGGAUGGGUAGAAAAAUGUAAACUCUAUUUGGAUAACCAACUAUCAACACCAGACAGGUUUCAGAAAGCGAUUAAAGUGUGGACCGAGAAGCCUAAUGUAAUUAAUAGAAGGUUAUGUGGCAUUCGUGUCGUAAGUAAAUUAAUCUCUAUAGAAGAGUGUAUACGUAUUGCAUGUGUACAUGACACUGAAGUGGACAAUGCAGAGAUCGAAAUACGAAAGAAAUGUCUGGAAUAUCAAAUUGAAAAGGCCUUAUCUGGAAUAUCAGCCCCUGGCCCUGGCACUGCUUUACCAGACAAACUUGAAGGCGACCAAUGCCUUUUGUCUGAUUAUGAACUGUACGUUAGAGAUCUAAUCCCAAAGCAUCCUGAGAGGUUCUGCCUGAUACGAGAUAUUGUUGUUAUAGAUAAGAAGAACUACUGUGCAGCAUAUCUGCCACUCUUUGCUCUGGAAGAUGAUGAGAACAAACUAUAUUCAUCACCAACGUAUCCCUACCGUGUUAUAUAUAGGAAAGAUGCAGAUGGCAGUUGGAUAUCAAUUCAGACUCCACCUACAGAGACGUUAAGAUUAGAAUCACAAGAAUCUGCUUGCUGGCUUCAGAAACACCUUCUACCCAGACUUGUCAAAUGGACACAAGAUUCCAAUCAGAGUGUGAUCAACCACAGUCUACGUUUGGUGUCUGUAGAUGAGUACACAUCCAUCUAUCAACGGCUAAAGCAAAAAUAUGGCAAAGAACUUGUUAAGGUUUGGCCAGAAACAACAGACCCAAUGAAGUUUGUCUAUGAGGAUGUUGCAAUAGCAGCAUACUUGCUUUUGAUCUGGAAGAAGGAAAGGUCUAUAAAAGGCAUCCAGGAGAAACAAUCCUUCAUCGACUUAGGCUGUGGAAAUGGGCUUCUAGUCUAUAUCCUUUCGAAUGAAGGGCAUCAAGGGUUAGGGUUGGAUGUACGCAGACGAAAGAUAUGGGAUAUGUAUGGACCCGAGACUGUACUUCGUGAGUCAUCUAUAGUUCCGUCUGAUGACUGUCUCUUCCCAGAAUAUGACUGGAUAAUCGGGAACCACUCUGAUGAGUUAACACCCUGGAUACCUGUAAUUGCAGCCAGGUCCUCCUAUAAGUGCUGCUGCUUUCUUCUGCCAUGCUGUGCUCAUGAUUUCGAUUGCAAGUUUGUGAGAAGAAACUCAAAGAUGAGCCAGUACCGCGACUAUCUCAGUUAUGUUAAGGAGAUAGGAGAGAUCUGCGGCUUUGACAUGGAAGAAGACAUCAUGCGAAUUCCUUCAACGAAACGGGUGUGCUUUGUCGGGCAGGUGAGAAAUUAUUGUGAAACAGAGCAAGCAGCAGUCAGCCAGAGAAUAAGUGACUUUAUUAGUAGCAGAUCUAAGGGGAGAGCAACAUCAUGUAGAUCCACAGAAACCAGCACUGUAAAUCCUUCAGAUUCAAAAGUGUCAGAUAUCAGUGGUGGCAGCAGCGAGAAUGGGUGUGGUAGUGCGUCGAGUCAGGUGGGACAGUGGGCAGAGGAGUUCAAAGCUAGAAGCAGCGUAGAAGCUGUGCGAAACUGUACCAAACUCAACAGAGAAGUGAUUGUCAGCAUUGUGAAUGUAAUCUCCCAGGAGCUUCUGCGGAGAGGCACAGACACGGUACAACUGGAAGAUGGAAGGAUGUGGAAUCAAGGAGGAUCUAUACCAAUAUCAGAUGUUGCUACCCUGUUUGACAAGACAACACUAAAGCAGCUAAAGAAUGAAUGUGGAGGCCUUCAGACAUUACUCAGAAACCAUAACAAUGUAUUCACAGUGCGUGAGUCUAAUGUGAGAUUCAGCCGUGGCCUGAGCGUCUCCACUACAGAACCUACUAGGCGAAAGAAAAAACAGAAGUGCUGUGGCUCCAUCUGUGAUUUGCCACUGUUAUAUAAAACUAAGCUGUGCUGGUUCCACAUUGGUCACCCAGAUGGCUGCCCCUUGUCAUCUGCUCAGUGUAGAUUUGCACAUGGACAAGAAGAACUUAUGCUACGACCAGAGUUCGAUAAGAAACAAUAAACCAAGACAGAGUAAUGCCAAUUGAUAAUUUCUUUCGUGGCUUUACCGGUGCUAUAGAAAUAUGCAUUACUUUUCCCACGGAAUACGUAAAAACACAGCUUCAGCUAUCUGAGCGGUCAGCU